AUGGACCCGUACUCUCAGGCUAAUGGAGGCAGUAGUUGCGAUCCUGACAGAAGUUCGGAGACUAGGGCUGGAAGCAGCCGCGCAGAAGACAGAGGCCAUAUGGUUCCACAGUCUCCCUCGAACGCGUGGAUGUCAAUAGAAGGUGAGCGCAUCCUUGUCCGGGACGAGUUGAAAUACUUGAGGGUCACGCUUAAUGGUCGCCUUAACUUUAAAGCACACUCAAGUGCCUGGCACCAAAGAUACAGGCUCAAGCGAAAAGGUGAGAUGUCUCUAUAUGGGCGUGCUAAGAUCAAUGGCACUAUAUGGGGCGCCGAUCUUGGCAGGCAGCAUUACUGUGGGCGGCGACAAAAUCGUCGGGUGCAACGCCAGAUGGCCAUAAGGAAAAUAUGUGCCUAUCGCACAGUCCCAUACGAAAUGGCGCUGGCAGGAUUGAUACCUUUCCACGUGCUGGCCGAGAUAGACGCAGAACUCUACUGA